UAUAAAUUGGCAUCCAUGGCCACGCCACAACCACGCAUGAACACAAACACUCUAUCUGCAUCAGCACCACCUCACCACCCACUGAGCUACUCCACAUUGGUGCUUGAGGCUGAGCUCAUGGGGAGGCAGAACGGCGAUCCCUUUGCCCUCCACGCCUCCAUCGCGCUGCUGCAGGAGCGGUUCAAGCAGCUGCAGAGGGUGAAGGAGCUGAGGGAGCAGCGGGAGCUGCAGAGGGUGUGGGGCGACGGCGAGCCACCCAGCUCAAGUGUUCAGUGUGGGCAGCAGAACUGGCUCUUCCACCCCGACCUGCCUUGGCCUCCGUCGCGCCGCCACCUCAGUGAUCACGUAGGACCCCAUGCACCCGAGAACGCACCUUCCAUGAGCCCGUGGCCCAGCAGAAGCAUUGCUCAGAAUUCAAUCACUGGACAUGAGACAGAUGUUGAUACUUCUCUGCACCUGUAAUCUAUACCUCCUCGCCUGUUUAGUGCAUCAGCUUGCAAUUUCCUAAGCUUUUUCUCUAGUUUUCUUGGAUUGUUAUUUGUCUUCUGUACCUUCAAUUUGUGAAAGUGGUGUGUUAGAAGAGUGAAGAAAGAUUUGUGGUUA